AUGUCCGAGCCGCGCUCGGGGCCGGUCUCGCUAACGCGAUAUCGGCCUAUCCUUUACCUCUUUACCGGUGUUGCAGCUGCAUAUGCGCUCCUCUACAUUCAUAACAACGUCGUUUCACCCCAUACGUCGCAAUCCCCCCUCCGACGCCGAGGCGCCGUGCGCCGCUCAAGACGAUCCGAAGCCGAAGAAUCGGGGCUCGUGCACACUCCCUCAUACCGAGCCAUCACCCACUUGGAACAGCUCGAACGUCAAAAUGGUGUGUACGGGACAUUUCGCAUUGAAACGGAAGAUGGCCGGCGUGUGGAAAGUGGUCUUCUUCCAUCUCUGCUCGCAACGCGCGACCAGUUGAUGGAGGAGGUCGGUGUGCCCCCAGCCCACGCCGAGCGCAUGCGCGAAAUGAUGGAGGACACCUUCCUCGAAUCUUUCCUUGCUCUUGACUUCCCCGCUGCACACAGCCUUCCCGAUAAUAGCCCAGAGCGGACCUACUUGACGGAGCAGCUUCAACAGCGAGGCAUCUCCCGGGCAGGCAUCGAACGAGCGCUAAUCCGGUUUAACGGCGACGAGAACUACGGAACCGAGCUGCGUCGACGGCGACAAAACGGCGAGCGGGUCACACUUUCAACUUCGACCUUCCCUGAUGUGGCUGCGCCGGCCCAGAAUACCGACGGUGCGGAGGCAACAGGCGAUGAUCAGAGCGUUUUCUCCUGGCGCGAAGGGAACAACGACGCUUCACCCACAAGAGAAGGCCAGAACCUGCUUAACUUGCUUUAUCACAUUGCGGAGGACCAGGCGCGAAGGGAUGGUUAUAUCCACCGUGGAGUUACGUGCAACAGCUGCGGUGCCAUGCCCAUCCAGGGUAUCAGGUAUCGGUGUGCGAAUUGUAUAGAUUACGACCUGUGCGAGACAUGCGAGGCCAUGCAGGUACAUAUCAAGACCCAUCUGUUUUAUAAAGUUCGAAUUCCUGCUCCAUUCUUGGGCAAUCCGCGUCAAUCUCAGCCAGUGUGGUAUCCUGGAAAGCCUGCAAUGCUUCCCCGCAGCCUCCCUCGGCCCCUUGCCAAGCGCUUGAUGAAAGAAACCAGCUUCGAAAACACCGAGCUCGACGCACUCUGGGACCAGUUCCGUUGUCUUGCGAACUUCGAAUGGGCAGAUGAUCCAAACAAGCUUUACAUGGCUAUCGAUCGCAAAACCUUCGAUCGGUGCUUUGUUCCCAAUACAUCUCUUCGGCCGCCUCCUCCCAGUCUUAUCUACGAUCGUAUGUUUGCCUUUUACGAUACCAAUGGUGAUAAUCUCAUCGGAUUCGAGGAGUUCCUUAAAGGAUUGGCCAGUCUCAAUAACAAGAGCAAUGAUGAAAGAUUGCAGCGUGUAUUCCGUGGGUAUGAUAUUGACGGCGAUGGUUUCGUUGAGCGAAAAGAUUUUCUCCGGGUUUUCAGAGCGUACUACGCUCUGAGUCGGGAACUUACUCGUGAUAUGGUUGCUGGCAUGGAAGAUGAUUUCCUUGAAGGUGGCGCUCGCGACGUUGUCCUCGGCAGCCAACCUAUUAGUUCUGCGUUCCCAGGCAAUAUUCCCUCGGGCGAGAUUUCGCGAAUCGGUGAAGGCAAGCGUGUCAAUCAGGACGGUGACAUGGAGGUUGUCGACAACGAUGGGAUCUUGCGACAGGAUAGUGCCGACCUUGGCGAUCGACACUCAGUUGUAGGUCAAGCUGCUGUGCGAGAGCAGUUUGGUCGAACGAGGCCAUUGUUCCCGUCCACGAUACGCCUUCCGACGACUAGCGAGCCGGAAACCCGCCGGUCCAACCCCAGGGCCGAUGAGGAAGAGGAUGAUGAUGAUGAUGAUGAUGACGACGACGAUGAAGAUGCCAGUGAUUCCGAUGAAUCUGGCUCGUCCGUCGCAAGUGGCCAUUGGCCCCCUCCGGAACAUAUUCAUGAGGAGGACAUCAUCGUCGCUCUUGGAACGUAUGUGCCCCCUCAAGAAAUCACCGACCCCGUCGACAGAGCUCGUAUCGUGACAGCUGUCUAUAAUAGAAUGCGUGAUGAUGACCAAAGACGAAUCGACGAAACUCGCCGGAACGGAAUCGACGAACGCUGGAGACGCCGUGCAUUUUACACCGAUGAGGAAGACGGCGCUAUUGCUCCUCCUGCUUAUCAACGAGAUCCGGCUUUCGAUGAUAUUCUGAGUGAUGAUGAGGGGUCCAUGGAAGAAGAGCCUCUCGACUCGCAUCCGCCAUCGCCUCGCUCGCGAUCUUCCUCCAAGGUGCGCUUCCAGGAUGAUCUUACAGACGACUACGACGUGCGCUCGAACCCAUCAACGUCAUCCCGCAGCAUCCCCGUUGGCGAGCGGUGGGGUGGUUUUGAGAUCCCCGAGGUUGAGAAAGAUGUCGGCAAGGAAAUCCUGUACCAAGUCACCCAGCAGGGCUUCAACGAGCUGCUCGAUAUUCUUUUCAAGCCAAAGGAAGAUCUUCUUAUGGAGGUCAUCCGGACGCGUGCUGAUCGCAAGACUUGGGCCCAUGAGAUCGAGCUCAUGGAAAAAUCAGGACCUCUCAAACCGGAGGAGACCAAGGAAGAGGAGCUCAAACACCCACGCGACGAGGAGGAGCUCGAAGAAGUGACAAAAGAAAAAUCACUGGAUGAUCUCUUGCAACGAGCUGGUUACGCAGUGCAGAGUCCGACUCUGGAGCCUGUGAACUCAGGGCCCGUGUUGGAACCAACGUCUCCUCGCGCUUUGGCUUCUCAUAACGAUAUUCGACCAACCCAUCUCGCUGAUCCUCAUCAUGGGGACGGCAUUGGACAGGAUCAUCCUUAUGAGGACCAGUCGGACACAGCUUCAGCCACCAGCUUAUCUGACGCCGAUGGCCAAGCUCCGAUCUCUGAAGCCGCUUCUGCCCGGGACUCCUCCGAUGAGGAUGAACCAGAUGACAGCAUCCACGAAACCCUUGGUUUUGAUCCAACCCUCCCACAGUUCCGCCCCGACGCCGACACGCCCCGUCCGCGCCUCUCAUUCCGAGCUGAGCCUUCAGUGAUGGAAGCUUCGGCAGCGUAUACAUCCCCUCAAACCAGCCACUCCGAUCUUCCCCACCGUCUCCGCCUCGAACCAAACGGCACCAUCUCCCUCCCUGCCCCUUCUUCUCCCCACUCAUCUUCGCCAGAAGCUGAGGCAACAGCCCCCAAGCCCCCACCUUCACCCAUGCAGCCGCUUCCUCCGCCGAAGUCGGCCAGUUCACCCGAAGAUACCGGUCCUCGCAAGCCCCCAGCUCGAAUUUUGGCUCGCUGGGCAUAUCUGAACCAGGUUGAGCGUGAAUCCAAGGAGCGCGGUGGCAGUGGAGCAAAACUCAAUUUUGAAGAGUUCUCGCAUCGCAUGGCGGCUGACAAGGGACGUCGGUUGGCCUUUGUGGCAAGUUGGAUUGAGAUGGCUAGCUUCUGA